CCGCAGGCGCCCCAGGAGGGCCUGGCCGCCGACGCCCCAGAGUUCGUGCCCGCAGGAGUCCUGCACGAGGAUGCCCUCCCCCGGCGGCAGAAGCGGAAGAAGCAGCGAGACCUUCCGGAGGUUCAGACCGACGGGGGCCUCACCACCUACACAGCGACUGGCGUGACGCCGGAGCACACCACGGAGAGCCUGGCGAGGCUGCUGGACACGUGGGGCCUCGCGGGCACCUACGACUUUCUGUUCGUGCCCUUCGACGGGCAGAGCCAGGCGAAUCAGGGCUACGCGGUGGUUAACUUCAUCGAUCCCGUCUUCGUGCCCUUGUUCUGCUUUCUUUAUCAGAACCAGGUGUACGGCGGCAUGGUGGCCCCAGCCGACGUCCAGGGAGCCGAGGCCAACCGUGCGCAGUGGAUGCAGUUCUCGACGCCUGACGUCAGGCACUUGAAGCUGAUCGCCCUGGAGGGCACAGGAGGCCUGGGCUUCAAGCCGUCCGGCAUGCCGCCGGACGAGGUCUCUGUCGAGGCGGUGGAGCCGCAGAGCUGGGCCGACAGGAACGGUUUGGAGCUCGGUGACUUGCUGAUAUCCAUGAAUGGCUGGAUGUUGAAAGACAUGACCAGCGAAGAAUUGAUGACCAUCAGGAAGGAGCGACCGCUCCAGCUGAUGUUCGAGCGGAGGACGUACCUCUCGGAGCCUUUCACGCCAGACGGCGCGACGCCGACGCAGUGGGCGGUGAACACCGUGAACACGAUGCUCUCGCCGCACAAUCAGGAACACUUCCACAAGACCAAAAUGUGCACCUUCUACCAGCAGGGUCGUUGUGACCGUGGCUCGGGCUGUCCCUUCGCGCACCACAAGUCCGAGCUGCUCCCCAGCCCAGACCUCAUGAAGACGAAGCUGUGUUACAGCUACUUCCGAGGCAAGUGCAACGACAGGCGCUGCAAGUUCGCGCACGGCUCCCGGGAGCUGCGCGCCACCUGGGACAUGAGCUUCGCCUCCGGGGCGCUGUUCAUGGACGGCGGGGCCCACAUGUACCCGGGCUACGAGGUGCAGGAGGAGGACGCCGCCAUGCUGGACGGUGUGCCCGGCAUGCAGGGCUUCCUGGUCGGGGUCGGCGAGGUCGGCGUCGGCGAGGUCGUCGGCCCAGGUGUCGCAGUUGCCUCACCCGAGCAGAUUGGCGGGCUCGACGCCGGGUUCGGCCGGCAGGUGUCCUCCUCGCACCUGAGCGAGGACGGAUCCGAGCUGCGCGGACCCUGUACGGCGUCUGGAUCAUCCGGUGCGGACUCUCAUCAGUCACGCCGGCUGGCUUCAUUCGACAGGCACUCCGCGGCGCUGGGCCCGCUGCGCGGCAUCCGGGAGCUGGGCACGUCCUACGUUCGAGAGAGCUUCACAUUCAUGGAGACACUGGAGAGCAAGGAGCCGUUGACCUCCCUGACGCGCUCGUGGAGCGACAGCGACCUGUCGGCCUUCCGCGAGGCGCUGGACGACUCCGCGCUGGGGCGGGGCCUGUGAGGCGUUGGGUGCCUCGCGGCCGCGCCCCGCACGUGCAGAGACGGCUUGGGGGCG